AGCAAGGAAAUAAAGACUAGAUCUUUUAGAUAAGUGGAGAAAACGGCAUGUAUAAAUGGAAAGGAGAAACAAUAUAUAUGUGUAUAUAUAAAUGUGAAGGGAGAGGAUAAAUAGGUGUAUAUUAUUAUUAUCAAUUGUGGACAGGACUAUUUGCCAUAUUUAUAAAUAUGAAUGAGUAUAUAGAGUUUAAAUUGAAGCUAUGGCGAGCGGUGAUUGGCUAGGGUUUUUGGAAAAGGCCUUGUAGGUCGCAGUAGAUAGUACAAGCACCCAGCACACACAGCCACAGCCACAGGACCAGCACCACCACCACCAGCAACCCUUUCUUGACAUUGUUCUCUUUUUCUCUUAUAUCUAAUCCCCCAUGGACAUAUGGUACUUGUGCUGUGCUGUCUUUCUCAACCUCUAGUCCUUACUUUGGGGAAGACAUGUUUACGAUGAUAGUUAUCAAUUGAAAAAGAUCGAUGGAAUGGCUAUAUUAGCUAAAUAGAGCUAAUUGUAAUAAUACCGAUGGUGCAUAUGUCUUUCUCAAGCUCCAGUUCCCGCUCUUCAGUACUUGGCUAAUACAAAAGGGUUAGCUUUUUUUAUUUUUACUUUUUUUUUUUAAAAUUUUUAAAUCCUUGAAUACAUAUGUUUGUCCAGAAGCAGUGUGCAAAGUUCAACCAAAAGACAUAGCCCAAAUGUUUCAGUCAAGCAACAAUGGCAAUGUCGACCCCAUCUACUAUAAUGACCAACAAGGUUACAACAGACCCUUUUUCAGUGACAUCACUUCCAAUUCCAAACAUGACGAAGAUCAAUUUCCUUUCUCUUUCUUCCACUUGCCUAAUACUCCAUUUUCCCUUUGCUAUGAUCAAUUAGAAUUACAAGACCAUGAUUUUAUUCUUCAUCAAAGCCAUGACCUUUUACCUCACCAGCAGCAACAACCCUUGAGAGAUACUGCUGCUGAUGCUGCUAUUUCUACUACUACAACUACUGCUACUACUAACAUGGCAAAUUCCAAAAGAAUCAACGAUGCCGACAAUGAGCUAACCAAAAUCUGCAAUAGAGAGUCCCACCAUAGUACUACUUGUAACCAGCAGCAUGUGUUUCCAAGAAAGAGAUCUUCCAAGAGAGAUCGACAUAGCAAGAUUGACACAGCUCAGGGGCCAAGAGACCGGAGAAUGAGAUUGUCACUUAAAGUUGCUCGUGAAUUCUUUGAUCUGCAAGACAAGCUUUGCUUUGAUAAAGCUAGCAAAACCGUUGAGUGGUUGCUCAUACAGUCUAGACCAGCAAUCAGGAAACUAUUUAGUACUGGCCUUCCUAGUUACAGUUGUAGUGUAGGCGUCGCCAAGAGUGCAUCUUCUACUUCGGAGUGUGAAGAUGUGUCUGGAAUUGAUGAGGCUGCUGUUGCCAAUAUUGAAGGAAGCAAGAAUUCUAAAGGUAAAAAGCCCUCAUUAUCAUGUGUUAACAAAAAGAAAAGGCCUAAGGCAUCACGUAAAACUGCAUUCCACCCAUUAGCAAAGGAAUCGAGAGAGAAGGCGAGGGCGCGAGCAAGGCAAAGAACAGAAGAAAAGAAGCGGACUCGAAGAAUCAUCGAUGUACCGAACCUAUGUCAAGAAGCAAAAGACCAAGAAUUGAACCAAUUACGUACUUGGAGUCCUUUUGAAACUACAGGUGAAGAAUCGGGUACUCAAAGUCACACCAUGAAUAACAAUCCUUCCAUGGAGAUGUUGGCUGAGAUCGAAGAAGCACCGAUCAGCUCUCAUGUUCAGCAGCAAGACCAAUUAGUUACAACAGAAGGCAUGAUUGAUGAUUCCUUGGUGAUCAUGGGGAAGUGGAGCCCAUCUUUCAUUAUCAAUCAUCUCUUCAAUACUAGCAUACCGCAAGAAACGAAUCAUCAAAUCACAGAUUUGCAAUCUUUCUGCAAGUCAUGGGAAGUGGCCUAUAACAGUUAAAGAGUCCUUACGCUCUAGCCACCUAUCAUGGCUCAGCUUCAUGUCUCACACAUCCAUGCUAUGUCAACUGGAAAAAUGUUUGAAGAAUACUAUGUUUGGCUUUUCUUUUCU